ACGGUGAUCGUUUACCGGAGGCCGCAAAUGCAUCUUCCUUCACUGGCACCACAUUCUGAUGUUUUCCUUCUGCGGGUGUGCAUACAGAGUUGUUUCCGCCAAACCGUCGGGUCGGGAAGUGAUUAGUAGGAAAAAGCGUGUCUAAUAGUUGAUGCGGAUUUUCGUAUCGCCGCCAGCAAGUAAAGCAGCAGCAGCAGUACGGCAAGCCAGGCGCAAACCGCACGCGUUCGCAGCGUUGCGGCUCGAAAGUGUGCGUGCCCGUGUGUGCGUGUGUAUACAAACUUAAAGAGUGCAGGUGUGUGAGACGGGGCAGGAGCCACGGUGGGGCUAUCGUUUGGAGAAAUGUCCGCUUUCGAGUAAUGUCCGCCGUCGAGUGAAAGUAGUCGGCGGCACCUUGCGGCGUGUGCGUGCGUGUGUGCACAGUGUGAAGGAAUUGUUUUAAAUUAAACGAAAAAAAGGGAACAGAAACCGAACAUAAAAACACAGUGCCGUUUGGAGAGAGAAGUUACAAACAAAUAAUAUCCUGCCCCGUGCACAGGUUGAGUCGUGUUCGAUCGCCGUGCGUCAAAAGCGAGCCGAGCGCCCGCCGAAUGAGAAGAAAACCGCAAGAAAAAACCGGUAUCUCGCUCAGAACUUCUCACCCCGAAAGAAAAGAAAAGAAAAAAAAUACCUUCAAUCAACCGUUGCAGAACGCUGCCCAAAAGCCACGUGUCUCUAUGUGUGUGCGUGUGUGUGUGUGUCGGGUUAUACCUCUUCCACCACACCACCUUAACGGCAGUCGCGCGUUCUUCUCUCGUACCUUUCGCGAGAUGCUACUGAUGAUGAUGGUCAUCAGCCUCCGAAGGUCAUCAUCCACCAGCGUACGAUAAAAAAAAGGCUCCAUCCAUUUUCUUCUACUGUUUCUGCUUUGCUGGUGGCACACAUUGCUUCCAUCUUCCAUUCUCGAACAAAAAAGAGCGCCAUUUGUACAACAAGAACAGUUCUUCGUGCGCGCUGACCGCUUGGACGCCGAACAUCAUGACGUCUUCGGCGGCCCAGUCCCAUCUCACGCCGGCCGCCCCGACCGGCGAACGGCCCCUCAGCUUCUACGACAACCUGUCGACCUCGUCGUCCGGUGGCCGAACGAUCCAGUAUCCGGACAUACAGUUCCGGUUCGAUGAAAACAUUCCCGAUCGCCGGUCGGUUCACAGCACCGCCAAGUCGGACUUUUUUGGGCUGAGCGUGGCAGCCCCGUCGCCGGCUGCUGGUCCGCUUACCCUGGACGAGGUCCAGUCGGCCGCUCCCGCCCCCAAUGCCACCACCAACACCACCUCCCUAACCAGUACUCCGCUCCGAGGGUACGACAAUAAUGGGAGCGCCGGUGGUAUAUCCGCUGCGUCGCCAACGUCCAGCGGUGCGUCGACUGCACCGAUGCGUUCCCCAUCGGUGUCACCGUCCAGCGUCGGGGAAAUGGGAAGCGAAGCGACCACCAGCACGCCCCGCUGCUCGCGUCCCAACUCCACGAUCAAAACCAUCACCAUCAAGCUGCCCGAUACCAGUGGCCCGUCGGAGGCCGUGUACAUGACGACGACCGUGCCGCAAAACUUUACCAAAAACGCCAGUACGCUCAUCGGUCGACACAAACCAACGCGCAGCAGCCUGCGGCACAGCCGGAUGCUGGUGGUGAACAAAACGGUUCCGGUCCGAUAUCCGCCGGGCAAUUCGCUCAACCUGCGGCACCUGCGCCUUUGCCGAACGGUGAUGCAACUGCAGGUGUUAAUCGGGCUGGUGCUGAACGUGAUCGGGCUCGCCAUCAUGGUGUGGUCACCGUCCACCAACACCAAGGAUAAUCCGUACUGGUCGGGAUUGAUUCUCAUCGUCUGCGGCGUUCUCUUUCUGGUGCUGUUCCAGUUUAAGCGGGCCCGAACCGGUACGGGCAAGGCAGGCACCACCGCCCAGAACGUAUCCCGACUGCUGCACCAGCCGCAAUCACCGUGGCGCGAAAAUUGUUUUCACUUUUUGCGUGUCAACGCACUGAUCGUGCUGCUGCUGACCAUCUUCUUUACCAUGCUGGCGUUCAUCUAUGCGCUGAUACACGCGACCAAUCUGUCCGCGGAUGGUUUACGGUGCGAGCCACAGUUUACGUUCAACGUCAACACAUCCACCUGCGUCUGUACGAUCGAUACGCGCGCGGUACGGGCAACGGUUGCGACGGUGGGCGCCAACGCAACGAACGCCGCGGAUGAAGUUGGGCUGAACGAUACGUUACCGCUUGCCGGCAUCCUCAGCGGCGAUGGUUCCCAUGCACCCGAGGGUGUAAUACGGCUCGAGUAUCGUGACUUUAACUGCAACGAAGUGCACAGCAUCUGGUAUUACGUGAUGAUUGUCUCGACGGUUCUAAAUCUUGCCGGUUGUCUGCUGGCAACCACCUUCCUAGUCAUCUACAGCAUCGAGUGUAUGCGGCGAUCGGAUCGGCCCACCAACCGUUCCAAGCAUGGCGGCGAAUCGGGCGGCGACCGGAUGGUUGACGGUGCGAUUACGGCAACUAACAAUCCCAUCGGAUGCGUGCAACCGUCCCCCAACAGUAGUGCACCGGAUGGCGCGACCCAACCGCUGCUGGUGACAGUCGCCCCUACCCAACCACACGCACAGCUGCCAGAUACUAGUCUGCUUAGUAGUGGCAGCAAACAGGAAGCAGCCGGAGGUCACACCGAUACGACAAUGCUUUCCGUGGAGGAAACCACCCUGACGACGAUGCUUUCGGACGAGGAGGACAAGGGGCCGAUGGCUUGAUGGCGUUACUUCCGAUCAGCGUUACCGAACAGUGCUGCAGCUCUGCGUGGGACGAUGGUGGUGGUGCUACUGUACAACUAGCUGCCAGAUAAACUAGCCGCCGCGUGGCGGAUGCAAUCGGGAAUUGAAAGCUCCAGUAACGAACAGUAUUUGUUUUUAAGCUUAAGUGUAGGUAAAGCCCUCCGUGGAGAUCAACCCCCACCCCCUCUCCCUACGUGUACAUUUUCGUUCUUAAUACUUGGCAAAGUGUGCUUAAGGCGUUCACAUUCUCUUUGAUUUAAGUGCGGAAACGUUGGGGUUUGUUUUUUUUUCUUCUCUCCGUUCUUCUUUGUUUCAUGCCAAACAAUGCAAACAAAACGGAGUUAGUGAAUAAAUGUGUGUUUUUUUAUUAAAUA